CACGCGACCGGCGUCGCCGUCAUGACAUAUGGCUAUAUGAAUCUCCCAGACAUGAUUGCUAACAUCCGAAUGGCCGAGAUGAAAGGCGGCCAUUUCCAGUUUCUCACUAUUCAGGGCCUCGUCCUGGCCUGGAUAACUAUGAUACUGAGCCUUGGUUGCGAUCUGUUCCCUUCCAGACUACUCAGGAACGCCAAACGAACUAUACUGAUGACGGCUCUUCCGGUGUCCAUCGUCAUUUCGACCAUCUACUGGAACCUACUCCUAUUCAUGCCACACAUGAUCUUAAUGGCUGACCCCGAAGAAACGACUCCGACGUCAUCCAGUCAAGUUUCUGGACCAACGCGUCUAUCGCUCCCGGUCGACCUAGCGCUACACGCUGCGCCCGCCAUCGCUAUGUUUAUCGACUUCUACUUUUUCGAACCGCGAUAUUCGAAGAGCGUGAGCCGGCGAGGUUCAAUUGCACUCGCCGCACUGUCCGGUUCUUGGUACUCUUGGUGGGUCGAGCGUUGUGCUAGUUACAACGGCUUCUUCCCGUACCCAUUCCUGACCGAGAACCCUUACAACAUCCGAGUCCUCAUCUAUACAGGGGCGACCGUAUUUUCGGCAGUGUCCUUUAUGGUUCUGAACGCCCUACACCCCUAG